CCUCUUCCUCCCCGGCCUGCGGGGGGCGGGCGGCGGGGAAAGCGGCUGCACCUGCUUUAGAGGAACUAUGGUAGGGCGGCCGGCGCCCGCCCCGCGCCGCCGCCGCGCCCGCGCCGCCGCCGCCGCCGCCGCCGCCGCCGCGAGCCGGACCUGAGCGCGGCGCGCACGGCCGCGGCCCGGGCUGCCCGCGGCCCCGCUCGGUGCGGAGCGGCGCGGAGCGGAGCGGUGCGGAGCGGCCCGCCCAGCCCCGCGGGGAGCCCCCCCGCCGCCGCGCCAUGCCGCGCCGCCUCUAGCCGCGGCCGCCCCGUCGAAGUUUUUUUUUUUUUUCUUCUUUUUUUUUAAUAUUAUUAUUAUUAUUUUUGGUUUCUCGGCGGGGCCGGGGAAGGCGGCGCGGCCGCGUGCCCGCCGCGCCGCCCGGAGCCGCGCCGCGCUGCCGCCGGCCCUGGGGGCGACCAGGUCCCGCUAGCGAGUCAUGAUGGUUGAAUCCGCCUCGGAGACGAUACGGUCCACUCCCUCCAGCCAAAACGGGGUCAGCAGCCUCGCGAACCAGCCCGACGGCGGCGGGGGCGGCGGCGGAGGGGGCGGCGGCCGAGAAGGAGCGGCGAGCGGGGAGCCCAACGGCGAGCUGAGCCCCGUGGAGCUCCUGCACUUCCAGCAGCAGCAGGCUCUCCAGGUGGCACGCCAGUUCCUGCUGCAGCAGGCCACGGGGCUCAGCUCGCCCGGCGGCAAUGACAGCAAGCAGCCGGCGGUGCAGGUGCCCGUCUCCGUGGCCAUGAUGUCCCCGCAGAUGAUCACGCCGCAGCAGAUGCAGCAGAUCCUCUCUCCGCCGCAGCUCCAGGCCCUCCUGCAGCAGCAGCAGGCCAUCAUGCUGCAGCAGCUGCAGGAAUAUUACAAGAAGCAACAGGAGCAGCUUCACCUGCAGCUGUUGACACAGCAGCAAGCCGGAAAGCAGCAGCCCAAAGAGCCGCUGGGGAACAAGCAGCUGGCCUUCCAGCAGCAGCUCCUGCAGAUGCAGCAGCUCCAGCAGCAGCACCUGCUCAACCUGCAGCGGCAGGGGCUGGUGAGCCUGCAGCCGGGCCAGGGCACCGUGCCGCUGCCGAGCCUCCCGCAAGCCGUGUGCCCCUCGGACCUGCAGCAGCUCUGGAAGGAGGUCACGGCCACGCAGCCCGUCGAGGACGGCAUCAAGCAAGAGGGCCUCGACCUCACCACCAACACCUCCAACUCUACCUCGUUCUCGGCCGCCAAGGUCUCGCCUCCCAUCUCCCAUCACUCCCUGCCCAACGGGCAGAGCGCCAUGCACACGCCGCGGAGGGACAGCUCUUCCCACGAAGACGCCCCCGGCUCCCACCCGCUCUACGGCCACGGGGAGUGCAAGUGGCCCGGCUGCGAAACCCUCUGCGAGGACCUGGGGCAGUUCGUCAAACACCUCAACACGGAGCACGCGCUCGAUGACCGGAGCACGGCCCAGUGUCGAGUCCAGAUGCAGGUGGUUCAGCAGCUGGAAAUACAGCUGGCAAAAGAAAGCGAGCGUCUCCAAGCCAUGAUGGCCCACCUUCACAUGCGCCCGUCCGAGCCGAAGCCGUUCAGCCAGCCUGUAAGCGCUCAUCUGAACCUGGUCUCCAGUGCCACCCUCUCCAAGAGCACUUCCGACACCUUCCCCGACGGCUUACCUCAUCCCCCCACCUCCGCCACCGCCCCCAUCACCCCCCUGCGGCAGGGCCCCUCCGUCAUCAGCUCUUCCACUUUACACAACGUGGGGCCCAUCCGCAGGAGAAACUCGGAGAAGUUCUGCACCCCGAUAUCUUCAGAACUUGCACAGAAUCACGAGUUUUACAAAAACGCGGACGUGCGGCCGCCCUUCACGUACGCCUCGCUCAUCCGGCAGGCCAUCCUCGAGACCCCGGACAGGCAGCUAACGUUGAACGAGAUCUACAACUGGUUCACGCGGAUGUUCGCCUACUUCAGGAGGAACACAGCCACCUGGAAGAACGCCGUGCGCCACAACCUGAGCCUGCACAAGUGCUUCGUGCGCGUGGAGAACGUCAAGGGCGCCGUCUGGACCGUCGACGAGCACGAGUACCAAAAGCGAAGGCCACCAAAGAUGACCGGGAGUCCGACUUUGGUCAAAAACAUGAUCUCGGGACUCGGUUACGGAGCACUUAACGCCAGUUACCAGGCCGCCCUGGCGGAGAGCAGCUUCCCGCUGCUGAACAGCCCCACCAUGAUCAACCCGAGCUCGGCCGGCGGCGUGCUGCACGUGGGCCACGACGACGUGAGCAGCACCGUGGAGCAGGUGAACAGCAACGGCAGCAGCAGCCCGCGGCUCUCCCCGCAGCAGUACAGCCAUCCCGUGCACGUGAAGGAGGAGCCGGCCGAGGCCGAAGACGACAGCAGGCCCGUCUCCCUCAUGGCCACCACCAACCAGAAUGUGACGAUUGCCGACGACAGGGACCUGGAGGAGGAGCUGCCGGUGGAAGACUUGUCCUAAGGACGCCUUCCUCCUCCCCGAGGGGCAAGCGCUUCCCCCCCGCUGGGGACGGAGCCGCGGCUCCCGCCUCCUCAAGGUGACCUUCGGCGUUAACCUCUUCUUAAAGGCACUUCCACAAAGCAGAAGGGUUUCCUUGGCACAACCUGUUGCGGACGGCACGUCCCUGCUCCCUCCCGCUGCCCCGUGCCGCGUCCCCGUCCCGGCGACUGACAGAUUCCCGCAACGGGGGACGCGCAGAGAUGCAAAAGCCCCAGAGCUGAACUCUUUCUCCCCCUGCUCCCUCGGGUAGUAACUGGUGAACGAGGAUGGUAGGUCGUUUCUGUCUGAAGUUGUCCCUCCUUCCUUCCCGGUGUCCCCGGCUCCGGCACGCGAGGAAGGCGCCUGCGGCCCGGCUCGGCCGGCAGCACCGCGGUGGGUCUCGGGCCCCGGGCCGGGCACUGCUCUGCUCGGGAAGAUGCAGCUCCAGGAUCCCCCGCGCCGCCCGGAUGCCCCUGGGGGAAGGUGGUGCAGGAGCCCCCCGGCACGUCUCCUUCCCGAGGGGGUUUUGCACUAGGAGGAACCUCCAACCCUUCCCGCGCGCCGCCUCCCACCCGCUGGACGGCAGCUUUGGGGAAAAAACAGCAGAAACGGGGCGAGAGCUCGGCCGGGCUCCUCCGCCAUGCAGCCGGGCGGCGGGAGCAUCCGCGGGAGCAUCCGUGGGAGCCCACACUGCCGCCUCUCCCGCCGCGUCGCCGGACCGCUUGGAGACCAGAAGAGCCAACCCGUGUUUGCCAUCGUCCCUGGGGCCCCCGGCGGCAUCGAGGCGGUGACGGCUGGACGCCAGCAGCGCGGGCACGAGCCCUGCUGUGUCCUCGCCAUCGGAAGCGGAGGGGGCGACGGCUUUGCCGCCCCGUCCCAUACUGUGAAGCGCCGGGAGGGCGGCGCGGGGCAGCGGAGGGCGGUGCGGCGGCCCGAGGGUUCGGGGAAAGGCUCCGGCGCCCGGUUCCUCCGCUGCCAUUUCCGAAGCCGUGGAAAGAUCUCGGGGGCGAGUGCCGCGCGCGGUGGGCACGUCCCCUGAGCCGUCCCCACGCGGUCCCCGAGCGCCGCUUCGGCGUUGCAGCGAUGCCGUUGGCGGGGGCCCGCGCUGCCCCGUCGCUCCCCAAGCAAUACGUGCGUGUUGCGGCCGCCGUGGUCCGAGCUCUCCGUUCCCUCUGUUUUAUUUCCCUUUUUUGUGUGCGUGCGUCCGGGUGGGAAGAUACCAAAAGAUGUCUAGAGACAGACGGUCCGUAGUUCGGGUGAACCGGUGGUAUUAAUGCCAAAAAGAAACGUUAAUAAUAACGAGAACGGCACAACCAAACACCCCUCUUCUCCCUGCUCUUCUCUUGCCUCCCUGGCGGUUUUCACGGGCCGUUUCCAACCCCAAAAAGCCGUCGGAGCCCCGAAACCGCCCGGCAAACGGCGCGAACCCGCCGGGCUGCGGCAGCUCCCGCGGCCGCCGGCGCAGCCCUCGCUAGGUGUCUCCACCGGGCCCCGUUGCUCCCCGGCCGGCGCCUGCGCAUCCCGCGCGCGCCGCGGCAGGGAGGGCUGCCUUGCUGGCCGGCCCCCCCUCCGCUUUUUGGGGCCGUUUCCAGCGCUUCCCUGCCCUUUCCCGUGCCGGGGGUGGGGGGGGAGCAAGCGCCACCCUGCUGCCGCCACCCACAGCCUGCCCCAAAAUCGGCUUUCCCGGUACCAAAGACCCUUCUUAGGCCAGAGGCGUAAACCAAAUCCGUUUAGACCCACGUGUGUGCGAUGCUUUAUUUUGUGCAGCCCCCCGACCCCCCCGGUCGCCACCAGCCAAAGAGCGAGCGAGGCAGGAGGCUGCGGGUUUUUCCCCCCUCGCUUUGUUUCCUUUUAUUUUUCUUUCCAGCGUCUUGAUUUUUUUUUAAGUUAUUGUUUGAAACAAGUUUACAGCUGCCGUUUGUACGCGUUGGCGGAGGCGGGCGCUGCCGCUCGCUGCCCUACGUGGCCGAAGGGGCGUGGGGCGGAGGGGGGCCGGGGGCUGGGGUUGCCGGCGCUGCGUGUUUCGGGGGGACACGGUGCACCCCGGGGCGUUGCAAGCGGGGCAGGACCAGCAUCGCUGCCGGGGGUGCUGGGACGGGCCCUGCACCCCUGCUGCUCCCCGGGGGCCCUUGGGCGGCAAAGAAAGGCGAAACCCAGCCCGCGCACAUCCCGUCCCGUCCCGACCCUGCGCCGGGGCUCUGCCGGCUCCGCCAGCAGCUGCCUGCGAUUCCCCAGCACUUCAUCAAGGAGGGAGGAGAAGUCAUCUGUUAGCGGCCGGGCAGCCAGGCGUCAGCCUUCUGCUACCGAGUUGUUCAAAACCUCAGAUGAAUUGUGCGCCUCCGCCUCGCGCAUCCCUCCGGUGCCUCGCGCAUCCCUCCGGUGCCUCGCGCAUCCCUCCGGUGCGGGCGUGCGGGGCGGGCAGGCUCCCAGCCGCCGAGUUUUCCCCCUCCGCAGCCAUCUCCCAGCACCAGCUUCCCUUUAUUUGGGUGCAUUUGCUGUGGUUUGCGGGGACCGCGUCUCCCCGAAGGGUGCCAAGCGCAUCUCUCCCGGCAGCAGCCCGGAGAGGGGCUGGCUCGGGCCGUUACUGGUGUCGCCAGCUUUUCCCCUGUGCAGCCAGACAUGCACCAGCAAGGCCGGUGUCACGGGGACGCUGGUGGCAUUGCACGGGCCCGGGGGGCCCCCGCAGCACCGCAGAGCCCUUGCUGCUCCCUGCCUCCGUCUGCAGCCGAAAGCGGCUCGCUGACGCCCAGCGCCACGGGAAUUUCCCCGGUGCCCCUUCCCCGCGCUCGCCGGGCUGUGAGCCCCAAAAAAGCAGCCCCUCCGAGCCCCUUGCCUUGCCUCCCCCGCGCUCCCCGAGCUUGUGUUCAGCAGCGGUACGGCCCCCCCAUUGCAUCGCAUCAGGUUGGGCAAAGCCAGCGGGGCCGGGACGCGGCUCCCCCCCCCUCCCCGGGGUUAUUUUUCGGGCUUUUGCAGAGGUACGGAGACCCCCCAACCCCCCUGCUCUCCGGGGCGGUGCUGAGCCCCGUCCCGCAGCCCCGUGCUCCCACGCCUCGCUAGCCGCCAUCCUGGCUCAGAAGAGCACCCUAUAUAUAUAUUAUAUAUAUAAAAUAAAUAUAUAAAUAUAAAGGAGGGUUUUUUGUUCUUUUUUAACACGUGGGCAGUCACGGCUCCGAGCUGUCCCCUCGCCCCCCUUCCCCGGCCGCUCCCCGGUGCGAUACUCAGGGGUAAACCCGCUUCAGCCUCUCCCCCUCCGGCCCGGGCCGCGGUCGCGGGGCUGCGUCGGCGCCGGGUCCAGCGCCCGGGGGGGUCUUUGCUGCCGGUUUUGCAUCGGGGGCAAUCCUGCGUCCGUUACCUCAAACGCGCCCGGCGAGGGGGCGAGGGCCAGGGGGAAGGACCAAACACAGCGUGCGGCAGAAUUGUACGUCUGUAUAUAUGGAGAUAUAUAUAUACUGGUUUCAAACCCCCCAACGCGAGUUGUUCUUCUGGGAGCCUUUCGGCCUCGCUCCCUGUUGCUUUUCCCCCUCGCGGCAUCGCUGCGAGCGGGGUCCCGGGAAGCGCAGGGCACCUCUGUGAGUGCAGGCGUUUUUCUGGUAUCUCUCAUGGAUGUCCUGAAGGAAUCGCUCAGUUUUCCGCAUUGUCCUGUUUUUUGUUUUUCCCCCCUUUUCGAUGACGAGGAGGAGGUUCUUGCAAAAGAGCUGGUAUCGGCAGAGCCGGGGCCGGGCAGCGGUGCCGGGCGGGAGCGGGGUCCCGGGCAGAGCUGCCGGGGGGAGCAGCAGCCGGAAAGGAAUUGAAUUAAACCAAAGGGUUUCUUUGCUUUGUUUACACGACCGUCCAGUGUCGCCGGUUACGAGAAAGUUCCUAUAUCUAGGUUUUUGUCCUGGAAGUUAGAGACGGGCCAGGCUUGGGGGGGGUCACGUCCCGGCCCCGGCACGAGGGCAGCACGAGCCGCCGAAAGCCGCGCGCUGCCCCGGAUCGCCGGCGGGUCCCUUCCCGGGGGAGCGGGGGCAGGAGCUGGCCGCCACUUUUUAUUUUCCCCCCUUUCUUUUUCCCCCUCUCGUUUUAUUCCCCCCUCGGUGGCGGCCGGGGCGCGAGGAGGCUGGAGGCUGGUGCGGGCGGCGAGGCCGACGUGCCCCGGCUCUGCCACCGCCGCGGCCCGCGCGCCGUGUAAAGGAGAUAGCGUUGCUGUGUAUUUGUACUCUGACCUUCCGUGUGUCUGCUUUGGCAGACGGUAAACCCUUGUACAGUAGGUCUAGCUGCAUGUAAUCUGUAUGGACAAUGGCAUUAUAAAAUGCAAUAAAAUAAAUUACCUAUCA